ACGUACUGGCCCUUUAAGAAGCUGCUCUGCUGCCUUUUUGUGCCUCUUUUUCAGCAGUGUGUGUUUCACUAUGGCGAAGGAAUAAACAAACAGAGCGCAAUGGGCAGGAAAGCAGCAAUAACGGUGAACACAUCUCUCCGUUAGUGAGUAACAGUGCAGUGACUGGUGUGAGGCUUCAGCAGGGUGUGCUCUCUCUCGGGUUUAUGUGUGUGUAUGUGGUCGGGGACACGGAUGCUGCCAGAGCGAAUAGCGAUGAAAAGAGCGAAAAUAGUUUGUACAUUGAACGCCUCAGUGAUAGAGGAGAACCGUUCCUGGACUCCGGACCUUUUUAACGACUAAAAAACACUCACAGGACAGCUGACAGCUCAGAGGAGAACAUUCCUCCUUCAUUUAUUCCACUUCAAUUAGCUCUUCUUUUUUUUCCUCUCUGUGAAAGUCGAGUGAAGCCGUCGUUAAAAUGUUGACAGGAUCAAAAACGACGUUCAAAGUGAGACAAAUGCUCCCAGAUAUCAAGGAGAGGAUGCUGAGUCAGAGCGGGGUGAACGCGAGGAGUAGAGAUGUGUUUGGGCUGCGCUGCCUACCAGGCGAGUGUGUUCUUCAAAGAGCUGUUAUGGUGAGGAAGAAGUUGUCUGCUCGGGAAGGAAGAGGCUGGGUGUCUGGGACCCUCUUCUGCACCCACUUCAGAGUGGCCUUCGUGCCCCAGGACAGUCCCAAACCUGACGACAACGCAGACCCAGUGCUCUUAGGGGAUCAUGACGUGGCUUUGGCGUCCAUAGAGAAGGUUGUGGUUGUGGGCCCGAACAGGACCAAGCUCAUCACACCGAACUCCUCUCUAAAGUUCACGCCUGAGGAGCUGGUGCUUUACUGCAGAGACAUGCGAGUCAUCUGCUUCCUGUUUGACCGCCUCACUCCUGACCCACAAGUGCUCGAGAUAACCUACACCAUCGCCAAGACCUACCAGCCUCUCAAACCUGGGUCAGUGUUAUCUUUCCAGAACGCUGCUCUGGGGAGUGUAGAAAUGAAGCAGUUUCUAAGCAACCGUCCAAGAAAUGCCCACAUGAACUGGUACGAGUCCGUCUCAGACUGGGAACAGGAGCUGGAGAGGUGCGGGGCCACGGGCUGGAGAGUCAGCUCGGUCAACGACCGCUUCGAGAUGUCCACCAGUCUGCCUCGCUUCAUCGUGGUGCCACAUAAGGUUUUAGACACUGAGCUGAAGAAAAGCUUCGCCCACUUCAACGAAGGACGAAUCCCUCGCUGGAGUUGGCGACACCCCCGAGGCAGUGAUCUGCUGCGGAUGGCGAGCUUCCAGAACAACAUCUACCAUGAGAAAGAUGAUAUCAGAAACCUGGAGAUGAUCCUGUUUGGCUGCCAGUCGUCUCUGUGCGUUGUGGUGGAGCUGGGUGAAGAGCUGCCUUCACCUGCAGAUAUCCAGCUGGCACACAGCCGCCUGCGUGCUCUCUGUUUGGGAGAUAUCUCCACAUCUGUGUCUGUGCCUGAUGACAAAUGGUUAUCUACUCUGGAAAGCACACACUGGCUAGACUACACAAGGUCUUGUCUGAGGAAAGCGUCAGAGGUAGCUUGCCUGCUACGCGGCGGUCACCUGACUGUGGCACUGCAAGAGGCUGACGACCGGGACAUGGGCUGCGUGAUUUCCAGCCUGGUGCAGGUGAUGUGCGACCCCCACUGUCGGACCCAGCAUGGUUUCCAGAGUCUGGUGCAGAAGGAGUGGAUCAUGGCUGGCCACCGCUUCUACAGCCGCAUCAACUAUCACAGGGACAACGACAAGGAGGAGGCUCCAGUCUUCCUGCUCUUCCUGGACUGUGUUUGGCAGCUGCUGUCCCAGUACCCCUCUCGCUUCCAGCUGACAGACGACUUCCUGUUGGCCUUGCACGACAGCGUCCACCUGCCACUCUUCUCCAGCUUCCUGGCCAACUGCCAGCGAGAGAGAUGCAAACGCUCCCAGAACCUUGGUCAGUCCUACACACCUGUCAAUGGCUGGAGAGAUGCUCUUCAUCCUGACUCUUCUUCUGAUCCGUCUGACCCCCCUCUCCCCUCCGUGUGGGACUGGGCCCUGCAGUACAGCAAGUCCAGACAAGAUCGCUUCACCCAACCCGUCCCCCCAAUCCCUCCACUGCAACCGCUGCUCAAUGGCAACCUCAACACCAACCCAGACACUCACAGGCUCGCUGACACCAUCCCUGGCUCGGUCUUCCUCCUCUCUCGAGGAACCUUCUCCUGCCCCGCUAACCUGCUUCCCUGGCGCAGCAGCAGCGGCUCAGGCGUUUACAAGAAGAGCCACCGGAGAGCGGCAUCCUCUGAGAACGUGCCCGGUCUGGAGAGGCUGCUGAAAGCUUGGGCCCUCACUGACAUUCCUCAAGGUUUCACUUCCACCUCCGGACCUCAAGGACCACUUGACCCAUAUGAACCUCUGCUGCCCCUCCUCAUGGGGCCCUGCAUGGGUCUGUGGAGGGAGUGCUAUCUCCGAGGGGCGCUCCAUGCACAGGCAUUCUCCCACCCAAUCUCUGCAAACCACCUCCACCCUGUGGAGCGACUCGCCCGGGAGGUGCAGCAGCUCAAAGACAAAAUAGCAGAAGUCUCCACAGGCUCGGAUUCAAACCCCACCAUCAAGAUAAGAGAUCCUCGGCGGACCGACACCAACCUAAACCAAAACACCAACAAUGGCACCUUCCUCUUCCCUGCACAGAGGCCUCAGAGCGCGACCAUGCCCAGAUCAGCACCCCCUAUUACCUCCAUCAACUACCACACCUCCAGAGGCACUCCGCCCUCCUCGGCUCCUCCAUCAAGCAACAAGCACACCUUCCUGUUCGGGCACACUUCAGUAACAGAGGCCCGAGCCGACCAGCGCUACUACCCAACACCCAACAACGCCAAGCUGCCUAAGAACAACGGGUCCUCGAUCUCAUCCUGAGGUCUGCUCCUCUUCCUAACUGCUCUGAUACAAACCGCUCCACCCUUUAAUCUGGGUACUGUAACACCACCUGCCUGCACAGAAUGAUCCCUCACUGGUGUACUGAGGAGAGUUUCAUAUCAAACUAUGUGAUUGACUACAAGGUGUUAAAAAAACAGUGUAAAGGAAUAAGUGCAAGAGCUCUGGACUCUGAAACGUAUCGCCUGUACUGUAAUAAAAAUGUGACAACUGUUUUGUAUAUUUGUAAAGAAAACCAGUGUUCAAUAUACCGCUGAUGAGAUACUUCAAAAACAUAAAGGGCUGUAGAUGCUUAAUAAUGUAAACCAACGACACUUAUGGUAUCUUUAAAUGCAGUAGACUCCUUUUAGAAACAGCAUGUCACCCUUUAAGAUGGAAAGAAAGUGUCUAACUUCUUUUUUAGCUUCUUAUCCGGAGCAGGACCGAGAUAACGGCGUGAUAACGUGGAUCUUAAGAGCGCUCUGACAGAAAACACGGCCGUGGAUGGACACAUAUCUGCUCUGACCUCUGUGCUCAUCAGGAAGCUUAUCUCCAGAAGGCUUUGUCUUACCUACCAGCUCUUAAGUAUUUAUUAUGUCACGCUAAUGUGCAAACAAACACAUUCAUUUCUUGUUUUUGUAUUGAAGCUUCUUGAAAAAGUAGAAUUGUGUUAUGAAAAGGAUAGUUUUUGGAAAAGCGUCAUUUUUUAACUCCCGGCUCUGUGACCAGUGGCUUUAUUUUGGAAUUUAGGGCAUGAGAGCUAUUUUGGUACUGCUCUCAUAUCUCUGCACUCUCAUGCAUGAUGGGAGCAGAGAGAGGCCUAUAUUCACUUCAGUUCUGAGUUACGUUAGCCUGCUUGGGUCUGAAUGUGUUGGAAUGAUCAUUUCAGGGUUUUAGUAUUAUAAUCUUAUCUAAACUUUUUUCUCUUUUUUCAAGUAUUCUUGACCACCAUUGGUCAGUUUUUGAUGUCGUACAUGUAGAUAAAUGCGGUUUCUGAAAUGUUUCUGACCAAAUUUAGUAUUAUUCUGAGAACUUCCAUGUUAUUUAUGAUGGAAAGAUACAUGAUUGAUCUGCACCUUGUGAAGGUAUCAGUGUUGAAAGCAAAGGGAAGCUUAUUUUUCCUUUCAUCUCUUUUUUUCCCUCCCCUGCUGGCACUGUGUUAGUAUGCAGCCUGCAUUUAGGUCAAGGACUUGGAAGUGUCUGACUGAAACACAGAGAGGAAAAAACUGUUCCUGCGCCUUUAAAUCCAAACAGGUUGCUGUUGGCACGACGUGGGUGUCGAGGGGAUGAACUGGCAUGUUUCCCUUACAGAUGAAACUGCACCGCUGUUUUAGUUUUUCUGAAUGUUUAGUUGGAGGGAUAAGUUGUCAGAUGUAGAACUGAUGCAGACCUUCUCUUAUGUCAAAAGGUACCUCACUUGAUAGCACUAUGAAUUAUUCAUUGUUGUAAAUAUUCAUUACAUCAAUAUCAAGGCACAUUGAUAUCAGAGCUUUCCAGUUGUGAUGCCAAUGCAUUUGUCUAACUUCCAUGGAAAAAAAACACACACCAUAUCAUCUUUGUCCUGUUAGAUCGAGAACCUAAUUUGACCCUCCUCUGCACCCAUCCAUCUGUUAUUGUAUUAUUUAAUGUUUUUGGUACGAACAUUGCUUCAUUUGCCAGAUGUACAUAUUUUUUGUAUCAGCAUGUUUUGAUUCCUGAUAAAUAAAAAGUGUUAUUAAUUCAUAA